AUGAGGCUCACACUGCUUGCUCGAGCGAGGGAAGCUGCUCCCCGAACCUCCCGCUUUGCCAACAAGCCAGACCUCCCCCUCGACUACUUCAUCAACCGCGCCAACGCCCUCUCGCUGUACCGCCAGUUCAUUCGGGCGACGAGGAGUUUGGGCGAUGCGAGGGCGAGGUGGGAGACGAUCGAGUUUGUUAGGGGAGACUUUGAGCGGUACAGAGGGGUCGUCGAAUCUGAAAAGUCAAAGACGCUUCUCGCUCUCGGUCAUCGACAGCUUAAGCAGCUUAACGCGACAGGCAGCUUGAUCGGCGGCGACAUUGCCAAGUUCCGCGGCAAGAGGGACUUGCGGUGA